UUAUAAAUAUUGUUGAUCUUAUGUUGCACAAUGUUGACGAAAUAAAAUUAUAUCUCUAUGAUUAUUUACUUUACAACGUGGGAUUUUCGAAAUCUGGUUUCAAUCUGAACGUAUAAUACGACAGGAAAAGAGAUAUUACAAAGAUAUGUCCAAGUACAAGAUUGUCAAAACAAGCGUUCGCAAGUAGACUUAUUGAACUGCAAUAGCACGAAGCUAGAGAGUAUGGAAAGGCGUACCAUGAUUAUAAUUUUUGUUCUUGCAAAUGUGGUCAUCGUUUGCUUGUUUACACUUCGUUCGAGAGACCAAGAUCAACAUGCAUUUAAAACAGCAAAGAAGACAGGAGAAAGCAAAAGAUACUAUGGUCAGUGUAAGUAUCAUCAGGAAAUUCUCAAAAACUGCUAAAUCGAUUGUAAUAAAUUACUAUAAGAAAAGAUACGUUGACCGAAAAGGCGAAGAUAAAAAUGUCGAACCCGUAAAAGAUGUCGAAAAAAUGGGAAAAAACGCGAAAGAUGUUGACAAAAGUUUUGUCCAGAAUUUCUCAAAAACUGCUAAAUCAAUUGUAAAAAAUGUCUAUAAGAAAAAAUACGUUGACCGAAAAGGCGAAGAUAAAAAUGUCGACGACCUAAAAGAUGUUAAAAAAAUAGAAAAAAACGCGAAAAAUGUUGACAAAAGUUUUGAUGAUUUGACAACAUCUAGCACCAACACGAAACCACAGUCAACAAAGGGAAUUACAAAAUUGCAAAAUUGCACGAGAAGAAAACAUUAUUUUGACGACAUUUUGGUUGUGAUGAUUUACCAUUAUCCAUAUUACGAUACAAUACCUAUGUUGAAGUCAUAUUAUGAAGAUGCAUUUAAAAAUUUGAUCAUUUGUGGGUCUGAAGCAAGUCCUUCACACGAAAUAAUGGUGGUUGAUAUUCAUAUUGGCUAUUACGGUUAUGAAUGCAUUGGAGAAGCUAUACGAAGGCAUCCCAAUUAUACAGGCUAUUUGUACAUGAAUGACGACACACUUGUGAACUGGUGGACAUUUCUCAAACUUGAUAAAGACAAAAUUUGGCAUGGAGGGGGGGUGAGUAAUGAAAAAGAGAGCCAUGAGUUUGGCCAUCGUCCUCUCUCCACUGUAUGGAUGUGGUGGAAACACUCGGCUAUUCCUUGUGAAGAAACUUACGAAGAAAUUAAACGGUCUUACAACCACAAUUCAAUCAUAAACAUAACGCAAUUAGUACAAACGCAUCUUACAAAUGGUAAUGGAAAAUUGUAUUGUGUUAAAGGAUGGUCAGAUUUGUUUUAUGUUCCAGGAAGGUUGAGCCAACAAUUUCAAAGAAUUUCUUCUAUCUUUCAUAAAAGACGUGUUUUCCUCGAAAUGGCUGUGCCGACAAUGUUCACUUUGCUUGAGUUAAAAAAGUUUUGGGAAAUGCCUCAUGGUACAUACCUUCCUGACAAAUAUGGUUUCUUAAACUUUGCCGAUGGAAAGAUAGUAUGGGAAAAUUAUAAUUUCGACCUCUACUUCAUCCAUCCUGUAAAAUUUCACGGCGAAGUUGCCAAAACUAGCCAAGAAAAUUUGAAGAAAAUCGUGAUUCCUUAUUCAAAACUAUUGCUCACGUGUUGAAACUACAAACUCUGUAUUAUCGUCUGUUUGCACCAGUAGCGUAAGACUAAUACCAAGAUCUUAGGGCAGUUAUGUCUAUGUGUGGAAUUAAUUUUUCCGACAAAAUAGCUGGAAGAAAGAUCGUGGUAUUAUUUUGCAUAACAUUUUUAUUAAAAUCACUUUAUUAAGAAAACUUUACAUUGAGAAUACUGUACAUUUUUUUUUGGAAAAAUUAAAUUUUUCUUAAAACA